AUGGGCUGUUCUCGGAGAAUCGUUAUGCAAAGGUCGCUCUUCGGCGGACGGCCGUACUAUCUAUUGCGUUUGACCUCGCUGGACCUCGCGCCUCGUGGUCACCCGAGAGUGUCCGAGUGUCGAAAGCGCACGUCGAUUACAGCUCGAUUCCGCGGAUCGAGAUUCCGCCACUUGCCUCUGCCUUGCCGGCGCGAGGCAUCGCGACGUAAGAAUACACUUGGGUAUAGGGUACACAAUCAAGUACCAACGUUGAGAGUUGAAAACUCGGUGGGACGAGGUGCGACGAGACGAGACGAGAGGAAAGAACAGGCAUCGAGUGCAUUGAGUUUGAGUAUACUAUCGUUGAUCGUAAUCCAGAGAAGACGGUUAAAAUCGUUGAUGGCGAACUCUACUUAUUUAAGUUGUUAAAGC